AUGUUGGAUAACACUUGGUUAUUUACUGCCUUGGUGAUUGCUGUGGUGAUAGUUGUCGGAUAUUUGUGGAAGAAGAAUAAUAAGAAGAAUAGCUCUCCCUAUCAACAGAUGAGUGAAAUACUCAACAAACAUGCUAAUCGGGAUAAACACAUACUCUACUUGGAAAAGAAGGGACAAUCCUUGAUGAAAGCUGCCAAUAUGACAGUAGACUAUAAAGUACAGGACGGACAAGGCUAUUCAAAUAUAAUUUCUGAUUGUACUGUUGAAGUUUUUGAUGAACAAUUAAUUAUUACCUCCAGUAAUAACCAGCAAGAAACCAGAAUUAUUCCUCUCUAUGAGUUUUAUGCUGUCCAUUCCGAAGAAGAAGAUAGAGUGGUCUUGUUGAGUUUGAAUUUAAUUACCAAUCACAAGGAAAAGAUGACAAUUAGUGGUCCUAGCUCGGAAUUGGUUCAAUCACUUGCUGAUUUGUUAAAGAAGAAAAUAUUUAGAGUUGAAUCUGGAGAGCAAUUAGUUCAAUCCAAUAGAAAAUUAUUGAUAUUUAUUAACCCAAAGAGUGGAUCAGGUCAAUCUUUACAAAAUUUUGAGAAUAUUGUCAAGCCAAUGAUUACAGAAAGUCAUAUUGGAAAUAAUUUUGAGUUUAUUGUUUCUAAGAGAUCUGGUCACAUUAAAGAAUAUUGUGAAAAAGAGUUGGAUUUGAGUAAGGUUAAUGAAAUUAUAGCUUGUGGUGGAGACGGUACUCUGAAUGAAGUCAUAAAUGGUUUAAUUCCAAGAUUAGAAAAAGAAGGAAAAUUGGAUUUACUUUCAAAGAUGAGAUUUGGUGUCAUUCCAACUGGAAGUGGUAAUGCAGUGAGUUGUCAUUUCCAAAAAUUCUUGUUUGGAUUCAACACCAUAACCAAUGACGAAAGCUUGGUCAAGAGAGGCACUCUAUUUAUUUGUAGAGGUCUUUGUUCUCCUAUGGAUUUGUGGACAGUCUUCCAACCUGGAAAAGGAAAGACUUAUGGAUUUGUUAGUUUUAGUUUUGGUGGCAUUGCCGAUGUGGAUGUUGAUACUGAAUUUAUUAGAUUCAUUGGAGAUUUCAGAUUCAUUCUAGGAUCUGUAUGGUACGCUUGUUUUGGAAGAUACUAUACAGGUAAUUUGACGAUUGUUCAACCAAAGAAAUAUGAAUACUUGAAGAAACAAAAUGGAGCUGAAAUUGAAGAAUUCAAAGGAAAUCACUCUAUUAACAGUGCCUUUGUGCAAACUGAUUUGAAAUCAAAAAUUGAAUUGGACAGUCCAAUAUCACGUCAAUUCCUCUCUAAAGAGUUAAAGGAAAUGGGCCUGACCCAAUAUUUGGAUAGUUCAAAGCAGGCAAGUAUUGUUAAUACUGAAGAAUAUGUAAAGCACGAAGAAGUCGACCAAUCCUUCACCUAUAUGUUUGCAAGUAAUGUCUCUCAUGCUGCAGCAGAUUUUGUAGCUUCCCAUUUAAGCUUCCACAAUGACAACCUUGUCGAUUUGAUGUAUGUGAAGAAGCCUGCCAGUCCUCUUGAACUUUUAUCUAUUUUAUUGAGCUGUGAGAAGGGAGACUAUCAUAACCAUGACAAGUGGUUGUAUCGUAAAAUUAAGGCGAUGUACUUUAAGCCAACCUCAACAAAGAAGAGUUAUCUGACAAUUGACGGAGAAGCUGUUGAGUAUGUUCCAAUAAUAUUGGAAAAUAUUGGAAGUCGGUUGAAUUUCAUUGGAGGUGACAUUCAUUAAAAAGUUUUGCUAAUUU